AGUUGACCUUACCAACAACACCUUACAUCCGUAGGCUUUUCUAAAAGCGAGACGUUAGCGUUACUUAGGUUUAAUCGCAGGGAUUCAUUGCUCAUAAACCUGUAACUGGGAGACAUUAUAACGGUCAGACAAGUUUUGGAAGUUACUUAAAACUAUUAUACACAAGAUGUUGGACAUUAAUUUGUUUCAGACGGAAAAGGGAGGAAACCCUGAGUUGAUCCGUGAAUCUCAAAGAAAGCGCGGUGCCGAUGUUGGAGUGGUUGACCGUGUUAUCGAAAUGUACAAGGAAUGGGUUGCUCUUCGUUUUGAGCUUGACAACACUAACAAGUCAAUGAAUCGUGCUCAAAAGGAGAUCGGCAUGAAGAUGAAGGCAAAGGAAGAUGCUUCUGAGCUUUUGGCUGAAAAGAAUGCUUUGACUGAAAGAAAAAAGAACUUGGUCGAACAAGAAACCGCCAAGAACAAAGAAAUGCUCAGUGUUGUCCAAUCUAUUGGUAACAUUGUUCAUGACUCAGUUCCCGUCAGCAUGGACGAAGAUAACAAUGAAGUAAUUCGCACUUGGGCCCCCGCUGGUGUGAAAGCUGAAAAGAGGGAUUGCCUUUCUCAUCACGAAGUAUUGACCCGUUUGGAUGGUUACGAUCCUGAGCGUGGUGUGAAGGUUGCCGGUCACAGAGGUUACUUCCUCCGUCAAUAUGGUGUCUUCCUAAAUUUGGCUUUAAUCCAAUUCGGUUUGGACUUCUUGUAUCAACGUGACUACACUGCCUUGCAAGCUCCUACCAUGUUGAACAAAGACGUCAUGGCUAGAACUGCCCAACUGGAACAAUUCGACGAAGAAUUGUACAAGGUUGUUGAUGGUGAUGAGGAGCGCUACUUGAUUGCUACCUCUGAACAACCCAUUUCUGCUUACCACAGCAAUGAAUGGUUUGAAAAGCCUGCUGAGCAACUUCCCAUCAAGUAUGCUGGUUAUAGCACUUGCUACCGCCGUGAGGCUGGAUCUCACGGACGUGAUGCCUGGGGUAUUUUCCGUGUUCAUGCUUUUGAGAAGAUUGAGCAAUUCGUAUUGACUGAGCCUGAAAAGUCUUGGGAAGCCUUCGAUGAUAUGAUGAACCAUGCUGAAGAGUUUUACAAGGCUUUGGAAAUUCCUUUCCGUGUUGUCUCCAUUGUCUCUGGUGCCUUGAACAAUGCUGCUGCUAAGAAGUUUGAUUUGGAAGCUUGGUUCCCUUACCAAGGUGAAUACAAGGAGCUUGUUUCUUGCUCCAACUGUACAGACUACCAAUCCCGUAACUUGGAAAUCCGUUGCGGUGUGAAGAAGAUGGGUGACCGCGAGAAGAAGUAUGUUCACUGCUUGAACUCCACUCUUUGUGCUACGGAGCGUGCUAUUUGCUGCAUUAUUGAAAACUAUCAAACUCCUGAUGGUAUAAAUAUUCCCAAGGCUCUUCAACCUUAUAUGGGUGGAAAGACGUUCUUGCCUUUCACUAAGGAACUUCCCAAGAACUCUACUUCCAAAAAGGGAAAGAACUAACUUGUGGAUAAAUUUGGUUUAGUAAAUAUAUAUGCAUAUUCUAUAGACAUAAAAGUUUAUGCUACAAUUAAAUAGGAAUACUGUAUUGGACCAAGUCCAAUAGAGCUAACUGUAGGAAACCCACUUUUCAUAAUUUAUACAAUGCACUCACAUUACGGACAUAUGACAAAGAAUGGUCAAGGGAACUCAUGGUAUCGCUUUCACUUAUUCGACAUUACUGGCCUAUAAAUUCCUCCCAAGUUUAUAAUAUUUUUAUUCAUGCUUACCAAAUUUUCAAUUUUCCUGCGAAUAUUUGUUCCCCCAGACACCAUAAUAUAACUACCAUAUAAUCCCAUGGAGGGAAUUGUUUCCUUCAAACACUCCAUAAAACAAUUUUUUCUUUUUUUUUCUUUUUCAAAAGUAAAAUGAAUUUCCUUUGCUGCAUAAGCAGAAAUGCUAUCUUCCUCUAAUGUUUACGUAACCAAUGGGUGUGCUAAUUAUUGAUUUUUAUUUUGUUUUGACUCGCAAAAGCAGUCACUAUAACCAGAAUUUGUCGUUUGUUUACUAUUUUAAGACAGACGUUUGGUUCUUUAUUUAUUAAAAUCACCAAUUCGUAUUGUUUCCAAUUCUCUUGCUGUUUCUUUAAACCGCCAGCCGUAUAUUUGAUUUUGAUCAAAAUCUUUGGUUUGAGAGAUCUUUUGUCAUACUUUAUUAAUGAAGUACACCGCAGUCUAAUGCAUUUCACAAUAGUUCAGUGUAGUUUGUAAACGUCAGCCUCAUUUGAGUUGGGGUUGGCAACUUGCUGUCAUCCGUU